AGGAACUAUUAUAACCACAGUGGUUGUUUCCCGUCGGGUUGGUUUUCUGUUGUGAGCGGCAGAGAUGGCGCUACCUUGUAGCCGAGCGUGUAGGAAAUAUUUAUUGCAUUUAGCUCAAGAAAAUAUUGAAUUCAGGUUGCCGGAAAUCAAAUCAUUACUUGCUCUCAAUGGGGGACAGUUUACGCCUGAGGAGAACUUUAAUGAAAAGUCUCCAUUCUGGGUCCUGAAUAUUCCUUCUGAAGAAAUAGCACAAGGAAUAAUGAAACGAACAGUGUGUGCAAAAUCUCUAUUUGAAUUAUGGGGUCAGGGAAGAACACACGAGGAUUUGCAAGCAUCCUUAAACAGCUACCCAAUGGAAAAUAUGGUUCCUUAUCUUAAACCAGACUCGACAUACAAGAUCAAUGUUUACACCUUCAACAAAACAGUUACUCAUCUAGACAGAAUAAAGAGAAUAGAUGCUCUGGAGUUUUUGCCAUUCCAAGGAAAAGUAAACCUAAAGAACCCAGAGAAUGUUUUUUGUCUGUUAGAAGACUAUGGCUCUGAUCCCAAUAGCAUUCCCGAAGAACCGGUUCACAUUUACUUCGGGAGAUGGAUCGCAGAUGGUCAGAGGGAAUUAAUAAGGUCCUACAGUGUGAAGAAGAGACACUUCAUUGGAAACACUAGCAUGGAUGCUGGCCUGUCCUUUAUAAUGGCAAAUCAUUGCAAAGUAAAAGCAAACGACUUGGUAUUUGAUCCUUUUGUAGGAACAGGUAGUCUCCUUGUUGCUUGUUCACAUUUUGGCUCCUAUGUAUGUGGUACAGACAUUGAUUACAACACAAUUCAUGGAAUAGGAAAGGCGAGUAGGAAAGACCAGAAGUGGCGGGGGCCUGAUGAAAAUAUUCGUGCUAACCUCCGGCAGUAUGGUGCAGAGAAAUCCUACAUUGAUGUGCUGGUGUCUGAUGCUUCAAAGACAAUAUGGAGACCCAGGGAGCUGUUUGAUGCAAUCAUCACAGAUCCUCCUUAUGGUAUACGGGAAUCCACAAGAAAGACAGGCUCCCAGAAAGAAAUCAUUAAGCCAGCUGAGGAAUGUGGAGAAAAUCACGUUCCUGUGUCUAUGGCCUAUCACCUCAGCGAUAUCUUCACAGACUUGUUGAAUUUUGCUGCUAAGCAUCUUGUCAUGGGGGGAAGAUUGGUCUAUUGGCUCCCAGUGUACAGACCUGAAUACAGUGAAGAAAUCAUACCCAAGCACCCAUGCCUGAAACUUAUUAGCAACUGUGAGCAGACUCUCUCCAGUCAUACAGCGAGGCGCUUGAUAACAAUGGAAAAACUGAAGGAGUUUGAGGAGAAGGAUGAGCUUGCACACCUUAUGGAUUCUAAAUUAAGUCCUUACCAAGGUCACAAUUCCUUCCGGGAGAAGUACUUCAGUGGUGUCACAAAGAAGAUUGCUAAAGAAGAGGCAAAUAACACUAAAAAUAAAGACUGAAUCUUGGAUUUUAAAUUUAUUCUGAGCAGCAUGGGAUAUUAUGUACGGAGUACAUUCUACAGAAUAUGGACCCCUGUCAUGUUCCUAAUUUUAAUGUUUUUUGUUUUUUUUAUAUGAUUUUUUUUUGUUUUUUUUUAAACCAUGAAAGCUGUGUGUAUUUUUAAGACACUUAACCACAAUACUUUUAAAAUACAGUAUCUCAAAUAA